UAUCUGUGAAAUGUUGUUUUCUUAAAAAAAUGUGGUUUUUAUAAUCACAUGAUGAAUAUAUAUGUCAAAUUUGUUCUUAAAUAAUUUAUAUAAAAAGAAAACACACAUUUAUCAUUGACAUUUUUGUGUCGUAUAUUUCUGUUGUGGAAAACUUGUAUUAAAUAGUGUAUUUCCUUACAAACAGUAAUAUAUAUUUACUGAAAACAAUUAAUGUUGACAACAAUCCAACAAUGAAUAUGACAAAGAAGAUAAACGUCAACUACUCAUCUCUAGUUGGUCUCAAAGCAGAACUGUUAAGAAAGCAAGCUGAAGUAAAUGAGGUCAAACUAAAAACUGAGCAUAUCAAUAAGCCAUCACAGCUAAAUAAGAAGAGGAGUAAGAAGAUUCCUACAGAAGGUGUGAAAAAAAAUACUAAGGAAUUAAUAGAUUCCGAGGACAUUAUUGCCCAUAAAAAGUCAAGAUUAAUGUUGGAAGCUAAAACAAGAUUAUAUGAAAGGUUAAAAAAAUCAAAAAAUAAUAAUGAUAAGUUUCUUGUCGAUUUCAAGAACAAAUUAGACGAAUCUGAUGAAGAAUUUGUAGAUGAGGCAAUUAAUGAAGAACAUCCUAUAGAACCAGAUGAAAAUUGGGUGGAGUAUAAAGACUGUUUUGGCCGUACUAGAAAAUGUUUGCGAGAAGAUCUACCGCAUAUGCAAAAGAAGGACGAAUUAAUAAAGCAGGAAAUAAUGAAGGGAAAGACUGAUGAAGAUGGAGAGGAAGAAAACAAAGAACAAUAUCCAAUUCAAGAAAAAGAACCUGAGAUAGAAAUUAUGAGACGAAAAUGGGAGGAGCAAACACAAAAGCUUGCGGAUAAAGUCGAUAUACAUUAUCAAGAUAUAUUAUUUGACGAAGCAAGAACGCAUGGUGUUGGUUACUACGCAUUUUCGCAAGAUGAAGAGGAGAGAGCAAAGCAGCAAGAAAAUUUAGCAAGUUUGAGGAAGGAAACAGAGAGGAAGCAAAGGGAAAUGAAAGAAGUCAAGGAAUUGAAAGAAAGAAUGGAACAGAACAGAUUAAAGGUGGCAAGAAUGAGGCAGAGAAUCAGAGCAGGUUUGCCAGCAGAGCUUACUGAAGAGGAACUAGCUCAAGAAAAUAAGUCAUAUGUAAUUAAUUCUACUGACCAAAUUAAUACUGAUAAAGACGAUGAUAAAUCUGUCGAAAAAGAUGAAGAAAUAUCUAAUGAGGAAACUGGAUCUAAUGAGGACCCUAAACCUACUAAUUCCAAGAAAACUAACACUGUCAGUGAAGAAGAGACUACUGAUGAAGAUAAGAUAAAAGCAUUUGGAGAACUCUUAGGCAAAAAGAAUCAUUGGUAUGUAAUGUCACAAGAAGAAUGGGUUGAUAAAUGUAGAACACAAAGAAUUAGCGAAUUUGGACCUGUCUAUGAUAACUUCACGAAUGCUGGAUUUUACAAGAGUGAUUUGCAAGAUGUUAAUGAGCAAUUAACUCAUAAAGAGCUCGAUAAUACAGAGAUUCAUAACAAUCAAGAAUCCAAUAGAGAAUCUAAUGCCAAUUUGCAAAAUCAUGAUAAUAACGAUUCUACCAGUAAGGAGGCGGAUCCUGUUGCCAAAGAUAUUGACAGUAAUAAUCAAAUUGAUAAAGACGCUCUUACAGAAUAUAAUGUAACCAGUAAGAAUAGUACAGGAUAUGUAUUGCCUGAAACUGCAAGAAAAUCACCAUCAAAUCCUGCUACAAGUUUAUCCAAUCCAUUGUCAUCUCAGAGUCUGCAAGCAACUAUUUCAUACCCAUUGUCUCAUUUGUCUAGUAAUUAUUCACAAAAUGUAUACAGCUAUUCUGAAUCACUCCCACCUGAGCAGCAUAAAUUACCAUGUGAUGCGAGUGAUAUUCCACUUCCUGGUGAAGAUAAUGUUACAUCUUCCAGUGACAACAUCAGUGACAAUUCCAUUUACACAAGUAAACACGAAGAAUUGCCACAAGGUAUAGACGAAGAUAAUAUAAUGGCCGGUCUUAAAUAUUUAAGAGAAAGGUUUGAAGAAAGUUAUAAUAAAUAAGGAUAAUAAAAUUUGUAUUAUAGUAUUGUUUAGUACAUAUAGUUUUGUAUAUAAAAAUAAACAGAGUCUUUAUUUUAAAUCCAAA